CGUAUGGCUCAAACACUUCCAUCUUUGACCGUACCGGCAGUUGUCUUCCCAAAAUAGCCUGCACUCCACAGCCUUAUAUGUGCAGGCCUCCAGCGUGUGCCUGAGAAGGCAUCAUGUAUCUAGGCCACACAAUGCAGGCUGUGGGCUCAUUGUUGCUGCCUACCAGCAGGCCUAUCACCGCCCCAGGGACGAGGCCCCUCUUUCUGUCUUGGGACGGCUCACCAUGCACCUCACCCAACUCAACCAUGAGUGUCUCCUUCACCUUUUCUCCUUCCUGGACAAGGACAGCCGGAGGAAUUUGUCCCUUACCUGUCAUCAGCUGCGUGAGGUCUUCCUGGACCCCUGUCUCUGGAAUCUACUCCACUUCAGCUCCCCGUGUCAGCUGAGGAGGGACAACUUUGUGCUGGGACCUUCUUUGCGUUACUUGACUAUUUGCUGGUAUUCCAGCAGGGUCCUGCAAGUGUGCAACAUCGAGGACUGGCUGAAGAGCUCGUUUCAGAAGGAUAUCUGCAGUAAACAUGAGAGCCUCGUCAGCACUUUCCUGGCCCAUGUCUGCCACAUGUGUCCCAACCUGCUGGAGCUAAGCCUGUCUGGCUGUGGACACAUCACUGACCAAGAUGUGAUCUCCGUGCUGCAGAGCUGCAGGAAGCUUCGCUGCCUCCACCUGGAGAACUGCGUCCGCAUCACCAACUGCAGCCUGGAGGGUGUGGUGGCUCAUGGAGACAGUCUGGAGGAGGUGAAGGUGGACUUUUGCAGGAACAUCACUCAAGAGGGGUUGCAGGCUGUCAGGGAAAAGAGGCCAGGCAUCCAGCUGAGUGCAGAGAGGAGCGCUGAUAUGAUCCCUGACAGCAAGCCUGAGGAGAGGGUGCCACUCAGGAGGACGUUGCAGAAAGUCCUGCAGUUCUCCUGAGGGAGGGGCUUCACAUGCUUUCACAUGGACCACAGGGAAAAGCAUUUCUGUGACAUUUGGAUUAUUUAAGGACAUGUCUGUGUUACACUGCUGUUCUGAUUUGUUUUUGUAUUUAAUAGAAGUAUUUUACACCCUUUUGAUAUCUUUUUAUACACUGUAUGUUGAACAUGAAUCUUCUUUACUAAGACAUGCUUUUUAAGCCGUCUCUAUUCCAUUUUUUUCUAACCAGAGAGAAUUCCACACACACUCACAAUGAAGUCUUAUACACACAGGUGGCCUUAACAGUAACUGUUAAUCAAUAAAUGAAGAAUUUUAUAUUUUAUAAUACACAUUUUCUGUGUUUUUCUAUGUUACUGUAAGAAAUAUGCUAGUUCACUUUCUCAUCAGGAGUUAGAUGAAAAGAUUGAUACCAUUCUCAUGUCUGUGCAGUAAAUAUGAAGCUAUAGUCAACAGCCACUUUGCGUAAGCAAACAUCUUACCUGGCUAUACCCAAAAGUAAAUAAAUCACCAAGCAGCAAACUCUAAUUCAGUCACUAAUUAACACGCUGAAUCUUGUUUCAGUACAACCAGAGUAAGGAAAUGUCAUUUUGCUGUGUUAUGUAGGGGGUUAUGUUUAAGAAACCGCCCCCGGUGAUCAUCUUUUUUCCACAUACUGUUUUGUACAUAUGAAAACACACAAAAUGUGACUUGUUAAUUAGUGAUCUUUAGAUGAUCAGAGCCAGGAUAGGAUUCCCUCGGCUUUUUCAGUCUUUAUGCUAAGCUAUGCUAACUAGCUGCUUGCCAAGGCCAAAUAUUGACCAUAGAGAUGUGAGGGUGUUAUCAAUCAUCUCAAAUAACUCUCAGCAAGAAAGUGAAUAAACACAUUUUCCAACGAUGAACUGAAAAUGAUGAACUAUUCCUUUAAUAGCAUAUGAUAGUUUAAUUAAAAUAUCACCUCCCCCAAGGGAGUGAUGCACACCUACACAGUAAAAAAGAACAGAAGUUGUGUGGGUGCACUGUGCUCUGUCUGUGUCGUGGUAAGACAUGUCAGUGCAGGAACUCUACCCAUCCCGUCCUGUGACUGCAUCUCUAAAAAAUGACAGGUCAACUUAAUGAAGAACAAGCUUUUGAUGUUCAAAAAAAAAGGUCACUAUACUGUGUGUUUUUUUUACUUCAUGUUUUUGUUUGGGUUUUUUUCUACUUAUUUAUUAGCUUCAAACUAAAAUUUCCCCCAUUUUGUGAUGUACAAUAAAAAGUUUUUUGUGAAUGUGAAUCAGAAUCUGCCUAAUGAUGAACUCACACAAAUUAGACCUGUUACAGUUUUCAGAUUUAUAAUAUUUGUUCAACCUACUCGCAUUCUAUAAUGGUGUUAAAUAGCUUAAAAAUAAUUAUUAAAAAUGUUUAUCUGGUGCUGUCAUUUAAAAAGGAACAUGUAUAUAAAUGAUAAUGGCUCCAUGUAAUAUCACCACUGAGGCAAAAUGAGCUAUAAACAGAACUGUAUUGCUGUAUUCAAAAAUCAUGGCACUGAUGAUUGUAAAUUGUGUCUAGACACUUUCUCUCAGCUUCAUUAUACAAAAUGUUUUAGGAUCAAUUAACACAAAAAGAAUCAACACAGCUUUUAAGUCAUCAGAUAAGCAUUAAGAGUACAUUGAAGAGUAAUUUUAUCUUCCAGUAAAACAAAAAAAAAACUUUGCAUAUUGAGUUGAUAAGAGUCAGAGCACAUUCAAAUUAGAUAGAAUCACAAUAUUUUCAACAUUUCCUCCACACGAUAGCUCUGAAGACACAUGGGAUGCCUGUAAUACUACAUAGACUAAACUGAAAAUAAAAAGACAGCCCCCAAGGGUGGGUGAGGACAGUAGAGCAUGUGCUGUUUGACUAUACAAUAAUGUGUGACAAAGAAAGCCCCAAACCAACUUGAUAAAUAUAACUCUGCUGUUGUACUGAGACAGAGGCUCGCUGUUUAGCGGCCAGACAACAAACGCCAUAUUAUUUACUAUCAAGAAAAGGUUCUUGCCUAGACCAUUAAGAGUUAUGAGUCCCAGGUGGGGAUACUCCGGAGGCACAUCCGGCUGCCUGUAGCACUCCAACACAAUAACAGGACUGAGGCAUGUAACAACACAAUGUUGUCAAAGUGACACUGCUCUGCUUGUUUCUGUAUAGGGGCAGGUUUUUCAUGGUCCUAUAGUUUCAGAAGAAGACAAUCUUGAACGACGAGUCCUUCCAUGCUAGCUCACCCAGAAUUCUGAAUUUUUCCAGUUCAUGUCACGGCUUUUCGAACUUUGGCCAUCAGAGCUCAAUUUAAUAAUUUCUGUGAUUCUUUGUAUGUGUAUUCUAAACCUCACCAAUCACUUAUAUUUCAUAUUUUUAUUUUUUUCUGGAUUGGGCUGACAGUACUGAACUGAAGAUUCAAGAAAAAGGAUCAUUUACAACAUGUAUUCGUGUGAAUAGUUGUUGCUGAAUCUCAUACAGUAAUCAAGUUAAUAACAAUAAACAAAUUUUAAAUGAGUUAAGAAUCUUUAAUUUUAAAAAAUUGAUAUCUGCCAAAUUUGAUUCUGUGUAGUAUUAACACUGUUCUAUCACAUCUGGAGGUUUUUUUGUCUUUCCUAAAUAUACAGUGGGUACG